CCCUGGUGAUCGCUAGUGAUCACCUGACCCAGUGACGGCGGCUAUAUAUUCGGAGGCAAACCUAACAGAACUCAAUUUCGACAUGAAGUCCAUCAUCUUCUUGUUGGCUCUUGCCCUAGUGGGGAGUGAACAUACAAGCAGAUAUGACCCCACGUUCUCCGAAAACAGCCUGCACACCUACAGGUACGAAGGAGUGAUUCUGACUGGGCUGCCUGAAAGAGGAUUGACCAAAGCUGGCGUGAGGUUAAGCAGUAAAGUGAAAAUCAGGGGCAUCGGACAGAGGCAGUACCUUCUGCAAAUUGUAGAUCCUUGGAUUCAAGAGCUCACUGGGAUUUGGCCGAAAGAUCCAUUCACCUCUGCCCGGAAGUUGACUGCACGAUGGGCUGUACAGUUGACCAAGCCCGUGAAGUUCGAGUAUAAUAGUGGACGGGUGGGAGCCAUCUACUCACCAGCUAGCCUGCCUAGCAGCAUCCUGAACAUUCACAAAGGCAUUAUCAACCUCUUCCAGAUCACCAUCAAAAAGUCGCAGAACUUCUAUGAUUUACAGGAGGAUGGAAUUGGAGGAACCUGCCAUACAAGGUACGUCGUUCAGGAGGACAGGAGAAAAGAACGUCUGACCAUAACAAAGUCCAAGGACAUGAACAAUUGCCAAGAGAGGGCCGAGGAGAACCUUGAAGCCUCCUACUCAGAAACCUGCACUGACUGCCCUCUACGACACACCCAGGGCAGCCAAACCGUGACAACCUCCACCCUGAUCCUGAAGCCAACAGCUUACGGAGCAAUCCUGCAGGAAGCUCGAGUCCACGAGGUGCACCAGCUUACACAGAACGGGGAAGUCCGGGUUGAUGCAAGGCAGAGCCUCAUCCUGGAGCAUAUCACCUCAGAACAGCCACAGGCACUACCAGAGCUCCCAGCCCGGCAUGGCCUGAGGUACCACAGCGACCGCAGCGCCUUCUGGCAACCAUUCACCCUGAUCCGUGAGCAAAACCUGGUCCAGAAGAUAAAAGAAACCUUGAAUCACAUUGCCAAACACAACACAGAGGAAAUCCAUCAUGAUGCCCCAUCAAAGUUCCUGGAACUCAUACAGCUCCUUCGAUCUGUUGAACAUACCGCCCUAUCAGAAGUUUGGGCACUGGUUAAGAGCCGGACUGAGCUAAGGCGUUGGUUCAUUGAAGUCCUGCCUGCUGUUGGAACAUUCGACUCUCUGAAAUGGCUCAAGACCAGAAUCCAAAAUUCUGAGCUCACUCGCUUGGAGAUCCUUCAGACCCUGAUUCUCGCCUUGUAUCAAGUUAACCUCGACCGUAAAGUUAUCACUUUAGCACUUGACAUCAUCGAGCUGAUUGUGAUCAAGGAGAACUGGAUCCUUCGCAGGCUUACAGUCCUCACCUAUGGCUCCUUGGUCUACAGAUUCUGUUCUCCAUGGACCACCUGCCCAGAUGAUAUACUGAAGCCUUUGCAUAACCUCCUCACUGAAGGCGUCAGCCAACGCAACAACGAGAAUAUCGUCCUGGGCCUCAAAGCCAUCGGCAAUGCAGGACAGCCGGCAAGCAUCAAGAGCAUUGUGAAGCUAUUGCCAGGGUUUGGCACUGUGGCCACCAGCCUCCCUCUGAAAGUUCGGGUGGACGCUAUCAUGGCCCUGACUAACAUUGGCAAGAAGGACCCAAAAACUGUCCAACGCAUUUCCAUGCAGCUCUUCCUCAAUCGAAAGAACCAUCCAGAAGAACGAAUGAUGGCUUGUGCGGUUCUCUUCCAAACCAAGCCUCCCCUGACUUUGGUGACCAUUGUGGCCAACUCAAUGCUCACCGAAACCAGCUUACAAGUGGCCAGUUUCACUUACUCCCAUAUCAGAGCACUGUCCAGAUCCACGGUACCCGACUUGUACCAGCUGUCAUCUGCCUGCAAACUGGCCUUGAACCUGCUGAGCCCCAAACUUGAGCAGCUUGGUUUACGAUUCAGCAAGGUUUUCCAUGAGGACAAAUUCCUUUUUCAACUGAUGGCAGGACUAUCGGGCAGAGCUUUAUUAAUCAAGUCUUCUAGCACCAUCAUUCCAACAGCCUUGAUUGCUAAAAUCAGGGGUUACAGACUACAAAGCACAUCAGAUAUUUUAGAGGUCGGUUUACGGGCUGAAGGUCUCCAGGAUUUCAUCAUGAAGUCCCGAGCAUCAAACGUCAAGGUCACGGAGAACAGAUCUAUUAAACGCAUCCUGAGCAAGAUUGUAAACUGGAAGGACGUGCCCGAGGAGGAGCUGUUAGCAUCAGCCUACACCAAAGUACUCGGACAGGAGCUGCUGUACUUUCAUCUCAGCAAGGACAGCAUUGAAGCGUUUGGAAAGUAUUUGACAGCUCCGCUCGGCAGCCAGUGGAAGAGCUACUUACGGCAACUGAGCAAUGGGGUCAGCUUCCAGAUGGCCAAGGCGGUCAUGAUGUCCGAGCUUCGCUACGUUGUUCCCAGCACGGUCGGCUUCCCGUUGGAGACGAGCCUGGUCACACUCAGCCUGAGUGUGGCCAAAGGAACCCUUGAGGCUCGUUCUGAUCCUGCGAUUACUAAACUUCCUCAGCUGAUGAUGUCCCGCAUUCAGGUGAAAGCUCGCUGGGCUGCCAGCGUGCAUCUUUAUUCUAGAGGAUAUAUUGGGAUUAACAUGCCUGAAAUCCAGUCAGGUGUGGAACUAAAGGUCCAAGCCUGCUCAACGUUACCUGUGGAUAUAACUGCAAAGAUCAACAUGAAAGAAGGAAAUGUGAGAAUUGACAGCUCACCAGCUCAGAAGACGACCAGGGUUUUUACCGUGGAGUCACAAUUCGUUGCUAUUUCGAGAAAUAUUGAGAAUCUCCCUGGAGAAAAAAUAAUUCCGAUAUUGCCCAUGACAUCAACAAGUAGCAUGUCAAGCCAGAAAUUCAAAUCUGCGUCCGUGUCAACAGAAGUCCAAGACGACAGCAUUGUGGUCACACCAGAAACACUGUCCGAUCAGAUCCCAUGCUCUGCCGAAGAUGGUUGGUCGUUUAUAUCCAAUCAUGCUCUCUAUCGUGCGUGUACGGAAGCGCCGAUGAUCGGUGUUCUGGUUUGUGUGGAUGCCAAGAGGUGGAGUGCUCUCUCUGUCGGACAUUUACCACUGUACCAGCUAAUUGGACAUCACCAGCUGAAUAUCACCACAUCACCGCUUACUUCAGAAGCAGACGUUGAGAAGAUAGUGCUGGAGAUACAGACAGGAUCCAGGUCACUAUCCAAGUUGAUUAAACUUGACGAUAAAGAGGCAAAGAUAGACAGAACGACAAGUGAAAUGGAGCAAAAUAGACUGAGGAGAAUUUUGAUGAAGACAUCAGGAGAGGGCACGAGACACAACAGCACCCUGAGCAGGCGCAAACUCGUCAGUUCCAGCUCCAGCAGCUCUAGCCAAUGGUCGGAGAGCAGCAGUGUCACCCGCUCCUGGUCGAGCUCCAGGAGGCCGGGGGCAACCGUGGAGCCCCGCGCCAGUUGGAGGAAAGCGAGCAGAGUCACGGCCAGCGUCACCAGCAGUAGAAGUAGCAGCAGCAGAUUGCAAAGCUGGAGAGCCAGCAGGAAAAUGGCCUCCAGUCAACAGUCCAAGUCCUGGCACAGUUCCUCUCGAUCAUGGAGAUCAGAACGUCAAUUCCUGGAACUUAGGUUUGCAUCAGAAGAGACAAGUCGGGCCGCAAUCAGAAGGCAUCAGGGAGGAAUCACUGUCUCCAAUUCACGGCGUCCCUCUGGAUCAAGCCGAAUCAUAAGGAUAGGAGUUACCUCUGGCUCGAAACAACGCUCUGGCUCAUCACUCCUCCAAUCAUCUAACCAGCGUUACCUGGUCCAUACUGCGGGCACUCCAUUCCUCGUUAUCCUGCUUCGGGCCAGAAGAACUGACGGCGUGCAGCAAGGUUACCAGCUCACUGGAUAUGGUAAGAUGUCAUCUCGUCUGCCAAGGAUACAUCUGCGUUUGGUGGAGCUGGACCAAAAGAGCAACUGGAUGGUCUGCCUUGAUGCAUUGGUGCCCAGCUCCCACAAAGUAAUGACGCUGGCGAGAUGGGGCGACAACUGUGAGAAGUACAAAGUGUCCACCAAGCUGUCCAGUGGUAAACUUGCCAGUCACCCGGCCAUCAGACUCAAAAUGCAGUGGAAGAAGAUUAGCGAGGAACUGAAACGUGGUGCAAAACUGGUUGGAGACUACAUACCAGAACUUGCCUAUUUACUCGGGUUUUCGCAGACCUACAGACGAAAUCCCUCACAUCGGAUUACAGCAUUGGUUGCUCUGACAUCCUCACAGACGCUUGAUACUAUCAUCCGAUGGCCCAGCAUGACAGUCUAUUAUCAGGGUCUGCAGCUUCCCACCACGGUGCCAGUCCACACAGUUAGCAGGAGGAUGCAGGAAAAAGGAUUCAGCAGCAUCACCGAAAUUCCAGAGCUGCUCCUCAAGAUGAAUGAACGGGAAUGCACAGUCGAAAAUGGAAUUGUCAGGACAUUUGACGGCAAGGAAUUGGAUCAUCAGCUUUCCAAUGAUUGUUACUAUAUCCUGAGUCAAGACUGCUCAGAAAGUCCCAAGUUCAUGCUGCUGGUAAAGCGUUCAAAAGUCGAUAAGACAAAAUGGUCGAUCAGACUGAUUCUGUCCACGAAAAACACGACUAUUGAUCUAACUUAUAUGCAACAAAGAACAAAAAUUGAGGUAAAUGGCGUUGAAUAUUCCCCGAAUGACAAAAUCCCAUCGCUGGAAGACAUCCUGAAAAUUGAAUCAGACACGACAGGAGUUACUGUGAGAAUCCCAGCAUUCAGCAUUGAAUGGUUAUUCUUCGAUGGAAACAAGAUCAAGAUGGCCCUCGACCAGAUGAUGGGGAAGACGUGUGGACUCUGUGGCCUUAACAAUGGUGAGAGGAAAUUGAUCAUGUCCAACCAAGAGGAGGCCAGAGACGUGGAUCAACUUUUCGAGUCCUGGUUGUAUCCAGGAACCUCCUGCAAAGAUGACUGCCGAGUCCGACGGGAAUUUGUGGAAUUGGGAAGGGCCAUUGAAUUUGAAGGACAUGAAUCCAAAUGCUAUUCAGUAGAACCAGUACAGCAGUGCCUUGCACAAUGCACGCCAUUGGAAACUCAGUCUCGUCAUGUCAACUUCCAUUGUGUACCCUCCAAUUACACAGUGACAGACACCUCGCUCUUCAACAAGAAGUCCGUAGACAUCACUCAUAAAAUGGAUACACACACUGAUUGUCUGUGCAAAUGUUUGUAAUGAGGAACUUAUACAGUGACACUAUCUUGAAGGAUGAUCGCGAGCAGCUUAUUCAUUUAUAAUAUUAUAAUAAUGUAGAGAUGCUGACUAAUGUAAAGAAAAUAACUGUAUAGUAAAAUGUAAUAUUUGGAAUUGUUCUUUCAAAUAAAAAUUUUC